AUGGCUUCCAUAGUUCCUGGGAAAAAGUUUUAUUCCCAAGCUGAAUUUGAAGAGGCCAAGUCAAAGUAUGAAUGGGAACAACGUGUUCCAUAUACUGUGAUCAAUUGUACAAAGAGAGAGCGGUAUAAUGGUAAGCUAAAGCCUGGCCGUCCAGAAGUGCCAGAGACUUUCGAUUGGAAAGAUGCGAUUCUGGCCUGCAAGCACUUUGGAGGAGUCAGGGAGCAUGAACAUGUUGAAGGAAAAGCAAGGCGCCCAAAUCAAUCCUCGUACAAGCGGGACUGUCUGGCAAAGUUCAACAUUAUCUACUCACUUGAUGAAAAGUGCUAUUUUGUUAAAACUGUAGAAACUAAUCACAGAAAUCAUGAAUUGGUCGCGAGAUCUGACUUACAUUUGCAUUACCCAGAGUUCAAGAACCCUGACCAGAAUACCCUUGAUGAAGUUAGCAAACUUUUCGACUAUGACGUGAAACGUCACAAAAUCAGGGAUUUGCUUGUGGCCAAUGGCAUUAAAGCCACAUCCCAAGAUAUUCAAAACUUGAGAAACAAAUGGAAUGCGAAAUUCAAGGGUACAGAUUCUCGUGAAGAUGCUCUAUUCAAGCAAUUACAUUUACUGAAAGAGGAGGACCCCAACUCUAUAGUUGUUAUUACUCAUGAUCCAGAGACUUUUGUUGUACAAAGUGUAUUUUUCCAGACUUCCGAAAUGAGGGCUGCCCAUGAGUUAUACCCAGAGGUCCUUAUCAUGGAUACCACUUACCAGCUGAGUGAAAACGAUAUGCCACUCAUAGUAUAUGAAGGAAUUGACUGCUUUGGCUCUGGGCGCAUCUUAGGUUAUGCCCUCAUCAUCAGUGAGAAAUUGCCAAUUGUUACUGCUUCUCUUGAGCUUCUUAAACUUGGGUGCCCUGAUGUAAGUGAGAAAGUCCAGGUUGUACUUGUUGAUAAGGAUCAGAGUGAAUUGGCUGCUAUCAAACAAGUGUUACCAAAUGCAGAAGUGCACUUGUGUGAUUACCAUGUAAAAGAUGCAAUGAAGAGAACAGGAUUUAAGAAACUUGCUGGUGACAAGUGUGAUGAAGUAAAGCCAAUCCUUGAUAAACUUGUGUAUGCAUUUUCUAAAGUAGAUUAUGAUGCAGCAUAUGCUAAGCUUCAAGAAGUUGUUGGUGUUGAAAGCAAAUUCAUGAAAUAUUUUGAUAAAUACUGGCACAAUUCAGGCCUUAUAUGGACAGAGUACCGCCGAAAUUUGGCAUUCACACUUGGUGAACGAACCACUGGCAGGGUUGAAUGCCAUAAUGCUCGGAUCAAAGAGAUCAUUGAUAAGAAGAUUCCAGUAGCUAUGGUUAUAAUGAGACUAAGGACAAUCAAUAGAAAUUCUUCUAUUGAACAUGAUCAUAAGCUUUUUGUCUCCCUUGUGAAGACCAAAUACCACAAGUAUACCAAGGACCCAGUUGUGCAAACAAUUGUCAAAUCCAACACUCCAUUUGUUGCUGAUAUGCUAAAGAGGCAGUAUGAGAGAAGUUUGGAACCUCCUAGUGAUAAUAUUCAUAAAGUUAAUACUACGCAAUGUGACUGUGCCUUUUAUACAAAAUUUCAACUAACCUGUGCUCAUAUAUUUAGAGAAAGAAGGAUCAAAGGUCUUGAAAUUUAUGAUCACAGUGUUAUCCCAAAGAGAUGGACAGUUGUCAUGGAAAUUUCAAAAGACAAGAAAAUUUCCAAUGUGGACAUUCUAAUUGCUCCCAUUAAGCAGCCUAAGAAAAGGGAACCAUUGUUUGCAGAAGACCGCAUGGUGGAAAGGAUUUUGACGAGCAGAUUAAUGUUCUCCUAA